AUGGAAUCAAACCACCACAUGCUAAAUAACCCAAAGAAGACAGGCUCUCAAGGAGCUCUGUCGCUUUCUGAAGGCCAGUUUAAUAGGAAGAGGAACUCUAAGUCACAGGUUUUUGAGACCAGUGGCAAGAAUUGACUUCUUCUUGAUUCAAAAUAUGAGCAUGAGAAGAGGGGGAAUUAUCCUCAUAAGCUUAACUCACGAGAUCAUGGCAAAAAGGGGACUUGCUCAGGGCUUGAAAUGUUAAGAAUGUCAUAUUUAAAAGGAAUCAGUGAGGAUGAAAUAAGAGGAAGUAGAUGCGUGGUCGGAGAUAAAAAGGUUAAGAAAAAGAUGAUAAAUGCCAUUCAUGCAAGGAAAAAUAGCAAUUUUGAGCAUGAUGACUGUUUGGAUACCUCUCAAACUCGUUCAAAAUCUGAAAUGACAACCAAAACUGGGAACUCAAGAAGGAUUCAAAAGGGAUCAUCUAAGAAUGUAAAGCUAUAUCCUACAAUGAGGAGGACAGCUCGUUAUACAACUGAGAAAAUGAAGCCCCUCAAGCUCCACAGAAAGAGCAAAAACAAAAGGAGUUAUGGUCAGUUCAGGACUGUUGAAAUGGCUCUCCAAAACUCUGAGAAAAGACGAAAAGGUGAUUUAGAUAGCUCUGUCGAGCCUAAUUCAAAGAAGAGCCAGAAAGAGGAGUUGCUUAAUAUCAUCACUGAAGAUGAGGAAGAACUCAGGCAAUCAGAGGAAGCCUUUUUCCCGAGCCUCUCUAAGGUUACCAACUUUAGGUCUUUUGAAGAUGAUAAUAAUAAACCCAAAGAUACUAGCUAUUCCUCCUCUGAAAAUGCUGAGGAUAAGUCAAGUACCUCUGAUGAUAAAAUUGAUACUGAAUCUGAAAGGAAUAAGUACAGUGAUGACAUUAAGAAGCAUGAUAAAAUGACAUUCUCUCCUUCAAGGCUUAGCAAAAACACAAAUUGGAUAUUCAAUUUGCCUUCGAAUGUGAGGAAAAAGCGUUCAGAUGUUCGUAAAAAGAAAGAAAAGACUCCUGAUGUGAGAAAAUCUAAAAAGGAGUUAGAAAUUGUCAAAGAAGAUGUUCAUAAACCUCAAAAAUCAGCCAAGUUAGCUAAUUUUAGAGUUAACAAUAAAAGAGAUUUGAGAAUCUCCAAAGAUGUCAAAUCUAAGACUUCAACUGUGGCAUUGAAGCCACGAAAUAAGGUUGGGAACUCUAAUUCAAGGGAUAGCUCUCAAGAUCAAAAUGAGGGUCAUCUCAAGAAGAAUAUUAAGAUGAUUUUUAAGCAUCCUGAGAAGAACAUGUUUAAAAAUAUGAAUAUCAAAAGCAGGCAGAAAGCUCCUCUCUCUAAAGCUAUCAGCCAUAAAAUUUAUGCAAAUAUGGAUCAGAAUCAGCAAGAUAUUGAUUUUACUGUGGGGAAGUCAGAUAAUAUUCCAGCUGGCAGAAAUUCACACAAAAUGCAAAGCUCAACUCAGCAGAAUUUCAAACCUAAAAUGGGCAAAGAAGAAAUAUUCCAACUACUGUAUAGCAAGGAUUACUCCAGAGAGUCUAAGUACAAAAGAAUCCCUGAAAGAAGGAGUAGCAAUGAUAGUAGAAUCCUCCCAGAUCUAAACUUGAACACGCUUGUUAAUAAACAACUGGGAUCGAAAUUAGAGAAGAAAAUGGGAAAGUCCAAUCAUGCAUUUAUGAAAACAGGUAGUCAAGGAAUGAUCAAGCCUCCUCAUAAGAAGCAAAGUUAUGAUCUAUCUAAAUUAGCAAUGAUACAGAAGACCAACACCACUCCGAUCAUAAGCCCUAAAGAAUACUUAAGGAUGCUUAACUCUUCGAAGAAAAGCUCAGAUGGACUCUUGAGCAUAUCAGAGAGAGGUAUCUUCGGCACACUUAUGAAGAAGGCACAAGAGGAAAAGAAGAAAACUCUUCAAGAUAAUCUGGCAAAGCUAUCUACCACAAAUCGAUAGUUGUCUUAUUAAUAUUUCAAUCUGG